AUGUCUGCGGAAAGCCCUGGACAAAAGCAUGGCUUCAAAGCCUUCUUGAAUCAUGCUUUACGUCCCAAGAAGUCCCGCCAGACUCUUCGCAAGGGCAGAUCGACUACGGACCUGCGGCUGGCCGCACGCUCCAGUGUCGAUGAAGCUCCUCCGAUGCCAGAACUGGCGCCAUUGCAUGCACACCGACUCAAGUAUAGGGAAUUGCACGCUCAAGUGGAUAACCAGUUGGGUGAGCGACAAGAUUAUACCGAGAUCAUCCAUUCCCUCGGAACAUUGGAUAUGAACGGCAACAACGGAACAGCAUACGAAUAUUACGAGCGCAGACCACCAGGCGAAGGCGACAUAGCCAGUCUUCCACCAAAGCUAUGGGCCGAAAUAGCAUCAUAUCUCAAUCCGGCGGAAGCAGCCAGCCUCGCAAUUGCCAGUAUAACCCUAUACCGACGGCUCGGAUCCAGCUACUUCACGAUCCUCGAACACCCCUCCAACAUAUCCUACAAAGUCACCUUCCUCUCAGGCCUCGACCAAGGCCUCCCGCGGCACCUCCUCUGCGUCCCCUGUGCAGUCUACCACCGCCGCACCCAAGAAGGAACAGAGCGCCUCAGACCCUCCCACGUCCUAAACCCACUCUUCAACUGCCCAAACGCCACAAACACAGGCAACCCCCCACCCCGCCAUCGCAUAACGCACGGCCGUCUCCUCCCCUUCACCUUCGUCCAACUCACAAUGCGCAACAGCCGCUACGGACCCCGCUACGGCCUCACACCAGACAGGCUCAGCCGGCGCUGGCAACGCGACGACUGGGCCCACACUACCCGCUUCCACAUCCACGACGGCCAUCUUCUAAUGCGCGUCACGAGCCAGACCUUCGCCGAACCAGGCCUAACGCCAUCCGCCAUGCGCAUGCUCCUCUACAGCCGCGAAGACUACUGGCCCUACUUCAGCGCGUGCGCCCACUGGCGCGACGGCGAGCUAAUGCCCGCGUGCAAAUGUGCUCUGGAGCAUAUCCCGAAGCUGCGGCAAACGGCCGGGCUGCAGGGUCUCGAGCACCGCGUGAAAGACCGUCUGGCGGGCCAGGUUUUCGAUCCGAAUGCUUUGACGACGCUUUGUGGCUUCUGUAGGCCUAUGCGGAGGUGUCCGGAGUGUCCGUCAGAAUAUCUCAUUGAGGUCAAGCUCUGUGAGGACCGGACGGAUGGUCGCUUCAAGCAGGCUAUUGUUGUUACGCGCUGGACGGACCUUGGUGAUGGGACGACGCCUGGUGUCAUUGAGUGGGGUGCUGUUAAUGGGACUCGAGAUGAUUAUGACUCUUUCGAGCAUUAUGCUAAGCGUGGUAUUGCGAGCAUUUUCGAGGCUGCUUUUACCGCUGAUACGCUGCCUGGGCAGCGGGUCCUUUCACUUAAUCCUAAGAAGAAGAAGUUGGGGGAGAAAGGAAAUAAUUGGUAUUAG